AUGGAGAUCAACCAAGUGUCAAAAGGCAAGUCAAAGGGUAAAGGAAAAGGCAAAUCACCACAGAAAGGCAAAGGCAAAGACAAAGGAAAAUCGAAAGACGCAAAGGGCAAAGGCAAAUCGCAGCAGAAUGGCAAGGGUUACAGCACACCCUCCAAAGGAGGUGGCAAGACACAGGCAAAGCCGACUGAUGUCAACCGUUCCAACUAUUGCGGUGCUUUUGGACACUGGAAGAAGGAUUGCAGAAAGUUUCAAGCCGACAAGGCAUCUGGUGCUGUGAGGCAGGUUGAAGCUGAUGACAACAACUCUCAGCGUGUUGCUUCUAGCCCUAGCAGUACUGGAACAGCUCAGCAAUCCCCAAGUGCAACUUCAUACAGGUCAACAGGUAAUGUGAAUCGUGUUGCUUUCAGUGAUUCAACUGUGAUCAUCGAGGACCUCACUGAAUUUUCUGACCAUGGUGCAACUAGCUCUGGUUUGGUUCGUGCAAUUCAACAACUUGAUCCCAUUCAGUUUGACAUGGCAUGUACUGAUGAUGAUGGAAACUGGACUUGCGAACCUGACUUCAAGGAGCCCAAUCGAUUUCACCACGUGCGCAUGAUGACACAGGCAGGUUCAACUUCAGCUGACAUCAUCCUGGACUCUGGCGCUGACACGAGCGCUCUGCCCCUAGCUUACUGUGAUGUUGGUGAAUCAUGCAGUCAUGAGACAAUUGGACAUGAUUACAUCGACGCUCAAGGUGGCAAGCUGGACAUCAGAGAUACCAGAUUAGAAACCCCAGCCGAUGUUCCUGAGGCUGAACCAUUGGAUGAAGACCGUGUGAUUCCAUACUUUGAUGAAUCCACAAUCACAAUUGAUGGCAUCACUUACACUCAUGACACUCCUUUGCGUGCACUCAGGGCUGGCUGUACUUCACUUGGACUUUCAAAACGUGGUUCAAAGAAAGAAUGCAUGAAGCGCAUUAUUGAGUUUGUGAAAACACGUGAGCUCAUGGAAGCACAGGCUGUUGAGGCCAAACUGAAACAGGAUGUGGAACGUCAUGCAGUGCCACAACGCAAACCUGUGGAACCCUCAGCAGCAGUUCGAGAUGCUCACAACUUGACACAUGAACCAUAUGAAACAUGGUGCCCAUUGUGUGUUGCCCAUCGAGCAAGACAAGAUGGCCACAGACCUCAGACUCAUGAAGCUGCAAGCCACAGUGUGAUUUCAUUUGAUUUUUUCUUUUGCAGUCGCAUGAAAGAUGAAACCGACAAGUUGACAGUGUUGGUACUCAGUGACCGUGACACUGGACUUUGUUUGGCACUUCCAACGUUGCAAAAGGGUGGCAAAAGCCUUAGCUACCUGGAACAUCAAGAAACCUUGAUGCUUGCAAUUGAUGUGAAGGAUGCCUUCUUGACAGUUGCGCAAGAGCAGCCAACGCGUGUCAGGUGCACUGACGCAAGUGGAAACUCAAUUUCCUACAGUCUUGGCCGAGUUCUGCCAGGUCAACGCGAUGGUAGCCUCUUAUGGCACAAAGAUCUGGUGAAGUUUCUCGAAAGUAGCAGCUUGAAAAUGGCCGAGAAUGAAGCCUACCCGUCAAUGUUGCGCUCAGCCAAAGGUGACUGUUUGAUGUUGGUGCACAUCGAUGACAUUCUCAUCGUGGGAUGCAGAAAGACGGUCUUAGAGGAGCUCAUUCCUUCAUUGCAGGCAAAGUACACAAUUUCCAUUGAAAUCAUGUCUGGACCAGGUGAUGAGGUGACGUUUUUGAAGAAAACCCACCAGUUGAUGUCAGAUGGGAGGAUAAUCAUUCGAAUCCAUCCCAAACACUUGGAUCAGCUUUGCAAGUUACUUCAUUUGUCAAAACGUUUGCAAAACAAGAGAUCUCCUGGCCACAGCGAGAUUGAGACUCCAGACACCACUGAGGACUUUUUUCAGAAGCAGCCGCGGCUGCACUUUCUGUCGAGGAACUUCUCGAACAUGGUAGAUUGCAGCUACUUUGCUUUUGUUGACGCCUUCGCCGUUUUCGCCUUCUUCGUCCUGGACUUCGCCGCCGUCGCCGUCCUCAUCCUGGACUUCCGCCGCCCGCCCUCGUCGUCUUCUUCCUGGACUUCGCCGCCGUCGCCGUCCUCAUCCUGGACUUCGCCGCCCGCCUUCGUCGUCUUCUUCCUGGACUUCGCCGCGUUCGCCGCCUUCUUGCUGGACUUUGUCGUCUUCAUGUGCCUUGCCUCGGGUGUUUGUGGGCGUCCGAUCUGGACUGAGGAGCAAAAGGGAGUCAAAACAGAUCGCUUGCGGCAAGAGAAGAUUUGCCAUUGGGUGCCCGUGUUGCGCCAAUUUCCGUAUGCAUUCGUGGCAGCCAUGGCCGCUGUGGGUGGUGAGCUGAAAAGUGUCGUUCAGCACCUGCGAGCUUUGCAGAGAAGAUUGUGCAGACGCAAAAGACUUGAGCUUGCCAAGGAGGAAGGAACUAGCGACCCCCGAGAGCAUGUGAUGCUCAAAGUACAGCCUACUGCAACAUCUGUUUUGGCUGUUUUCGAGUUGAGCGGCAGAAAUUCUGCUUGUGCUGCACGCUUUUUGGCGGCCAAGAACAAGUUGAAUGUGGCAGAGGCUUCCUUGUCAAAUUCUUUAGCUUCUGCAAUUGAAGAUGCCUAUUUGCAGGUGCCUUUCGAAACCAUUGUGGGCCUCUUAGAUAGUCCCACAUGCCCACGCCACCGUCGUGACUUGUUUGCGGCGGGUCGCUUUAUAGUUGAAACGCAGCUAUACACAUGGCUGCUUGCCCAAAACAAGAAAGGGGUUGCACCUGGGAGGCAACAAUUAGUAGCAGAAGCGUGCAGGCUGACUCCAAAGGAUUUGCCGCAUGAUGUGGCAGCCAUGCUGGAGCAGUACUGGAAAGGCAAUGGACGCGCAAGGUCACAAAGAAAGUGGUUGCGCCGCUUUCGUUUUGAACAUGGUCUACAGUUGGGCCGCGUGCGUGUGCAGGCAGUGAUGCCUCUAGCAGACAUGCAGCGCAAGGCGAAAGCUUUUUGGAGAUGGAGCAACUACGUUCAUGCACAAUCAAGCAGCUCGGGUCCUCUUCUCUUGCUGAACAUGGACGAAACUUCCAUUGCUUUGAAGCCAACCGCGAAGGUUGGCACUGCCGCCCGGGGCUUCACAGGGCACAAGGCUGUAGAUGCCGCAUCUUUGGCUGAGACGCGGGCUCGGUUCACAUUGAUGUGCACGAUUUGCAAUGACACGUCUGUGCAGCCAUUCCUUCCGCAGGUUCUCCUCACGAACGGUCGGUUUCUUGGAAAGAAGGCCAAAGUGGAGAAACUCAGGGGCAAUCUGUCCGUUUGGACCCAGAAAAGCGCUUGGUCAUGCCAUGCUACACUGAGACGAUAUAUUUCUUUGCUUGGAUUCAAGCUCAAGGCUGCAGCUCCGGGCCGUGACUAUGCACUACUUCUAGAUUGCGCGCCUUCUCACUUGCACGGUUCCAUUAAAAGGCAAGCGAAGCUCAACCAUAUUCGUUUGGUCUACAUUGCAGCUGGGCUCACACGUUGCCUUCAACCAGCAGACACAGAUCUAUUUUCGCGGCUGAAGGAGAAAAUCGCAGAGCUAUAUCGUUCACAGCAAUCAAUGAGUGUGGACGGAAAGAUUUCGCCUGCCCAAUGGCUGGAGAUCUUGGGUUCAUCUUUACAAUCAAUUCUACCAGCUGUGAAAUGGAGCCGGGCCUUCGCCAAGGUUGGUGCUUCGAAUUGGCAAAAGGAUGUGUGCCAAUCUUUACUCUUUGAAUUCGGUUGGCCAAGUGUACCGACCAUCCCACCAGGGCCUCCGACUGAGUCGGAGGCCCGCGACAUUUUCCCUAAGGGAAGAAGUAAGCUGGAUGUUCUGUCCUAUGUGCAUUGGAAGCAGCCAGCGGCCAAAGGUCAUGUUCGGCUGUACAAAGGCAAACCCAUUAGAACAUUGGAUUAA